AUGUCUAAUCCAGACCUUGCGUCCCUUGUGAAGUCCAUUUCGUUCAAGUACGGGCCAAAUGUUCAUGCGGAACGCCCCAGCUAUGUACCGUCUAUACCCGACAAGCAAUUGAUCAAAGAUUCCUUGAAGAAGUUGGGUAUAACAGAUUUUGAUUGGAAACAAUGGGCAUCUGACUGUAACGACCGCAACGUCGAGCAGGAACAACUCUACGCAACCAUUCUCUUGUAUACACCCAACGUCGCAAAGUUGGAAAUCGAUGAUGGAGCGUUGUCCGCGGUAGAAGGGAAAUCAAACAAACUUCCAUGGUGGCUCGUUCACUUUCGACAGUUUGUGAAUGGCAGGAACUUUGGCCGUGUGCAGCGAUUUCAGCAUCUCAGGUCCAUCCGCGUUGAUGUUCAAUACUUGAAACUCCGCCAUCUAGCUCCGUUGUUUAGACUGCGCUCUAUGCGCAAAGUCACGUUGAUUGGUCUUGUUGAGUGGGCGCACACUGAAGGAGAUAGCAAGGAAGCAUUGCAGCGUCUAUUCCGAGCCUCGGUCAUUGACGAAUUACAUGUGGAGAAGAGUUUUGUCCAUGACAGUGUCCUUGAUGUGGUCAUCUCCUGCAUCACUCAUCUCAGGGUUUUCCAGUACUGGAGCUCUAGAGACCAGUUCAUGGUGAACCACCGGAACAGCGACGAUUACUGGGGGCUUUCAGAUCAAGCAGGUUAUCGACCCUACAACGACACUGAUCCGUCGAACAGUUGGUUCAGCUCAUGGCUGGAGACUUUCUCCUGGCGUGACGAUUUACAUACCGAGGAUCGGCUUUAUCUGGGCGCGCUGGGUUUCCUUUCCGGCUUUUCCAAGCUUGCUCACCUCGAGCUUCCGAUGGCUGUGCUCGCGCAGCAAACACAGGCUACCAGCAUUGCAGUCGAAAGCAUAGCUGCGAACCUGCCACAGUCGGUACAAUCCUUGACGAUUCAUAUCAUCCAGGAUGCAUACAUAUUCUAUCAGAAAUGUCUCGAUUACAUGGCCGUUCGUUUCUACGAUUACACACCUUCACUACAACAUAUCAAAGUGAUCCAAUGCAACAAUGGAGCAUCACUUUCGUACGACUGGCAAGGUUUUGGGAGGAAAUUGCUUGAUCAAGGCGUUGCAUUUGAGCUCAUACGGUCGGAAGCAGACAGCGACGGCGACUGGACGCCUUAUAUCAACAACAACUCGUCCGAUGAAUCCGACUCAUCAGGCUAUGAAGAAAGCCUAUACUCUGAUUGA